CCCUCCCCCUUCCCCAGCCAAACAAUUACUUCGUUCAACACACUGAUACGCACUCUUAUGUCCCUACACUGCAAGGUAUUAGGAAUACGCGCAGUAGAAAAUGGUCGUUACUACAAAGGCAGUAAUCGCAUCCUUUGGCGGCAAGCUUCUGAAGCUAAGUCACUUGUCCACUUCAACCAGAUGUGAGAUGGCUUUCAACCUCUAUCUUCCACCUCAGGCUUUCGAGGAUUCGCACAGGAGAAUACCCCUCCUGAUCUAUCUAUCUGGCCUGACGUGUACCGCCGAUAACUGCUCUGAGAAAGGGUUUUUCCAGCACGGGGCCAGCAAGAAUGGAAUAGCUGUACUAUAUCCCGAUACCAGUCCGCGGGGUCUCAACAUUCCAGGAGAGAAUGAUAGCUGGGACUUCGGGACAGGUGCAGGGUUCUAUGUAGACGCUACCCAAAAGCCUUACAAUAAAGCGUACAAUAUGUACACUUACGUGAAAGAGGAGCUACCUAAUGUAGUUUUCCAACAAUUUCCCCAGCUUGAUCCCGAGAGGGUCAGCAUUACGGGUCACAGUAUGGGCGGCCACGGAGCCUUAGUGUUGUUCCUUCGCAAUCCCGGAAAAUACCGAUCAGUUUCCGCCUUCGCGCCGAUUUGUAACCCAAUCAACUGCCCUUGGGGUCAAAAGGCAUUUUCAGGUUAUCUCGGAGAGAAUUACCAGGACUCAUGGAAAGAAUAUGAUUCUACUGAAUUGGUGAAAGGAUGGAAAGGUCCCUUGAACAUGCUUAUCGACGUGGGUACUGGAGACAAUUUCUACAAGCAAGGCCAACUUCUUCCUGAAAACUUCGAGCAAGCAGUCCUUGAAGCAGGAGCUAAGGGUCUACGUAUACGCUAUCAACCAGACUACGACCAUAGCUACUACACAAUGGCGUCAUUCUCGGAUGACCAUAUUGCGCAUGCGGCGCAAUAUCUUUUCUAGUAUGCAACCGAGUGUGAUCCUUGGUUUUAAUCUGCUUUACCUAGUGACCUCCCUUGUCCUGUCAUCUAUUUUCUUGCUUUCUCUUGUUUCAUUUUCUCUAAAUUUACAUUGGACGUUAAGCCAUUUGGCUUUUCAACAAUGGUUGUAUUCUUUAACUAACAGUAAGUCCGUCCUAGUACAUUUCCAACCUUAGAAAUAUUCAAGUGAAUUAUUUCCUAAAAUACUCAGUUGACCGACUAAGUGACUCAUCGAGAUAAGUGAUGAAAGGCUACGUAGCAUACACUAAAUGAUUUUUGUACUACCUCCAAGACGUACAUCUCAAUGCCAAGACGCCUAAAUACUGGUUAGUAGUCCUAUCUAAACAAAAUACAAAGUGUGUACUUCGAGUGCUAUACAAAACAGAUCAGAGAAUCAUUAUUAGCGUGGAG